AUGUCCAGACAACGUGAGGAACAAUGGAGGAAUGUAGGAAGAAGGAACGAUAGAAGAGCAGGGUUCUUUUCAGAUAGUGAGAGAGAUCGAAUGAAUGGUAGAGGCGGAGGCCAACAAUCAAAUGCAGAGUCAGUUAAACACAAUCAGGAAUUGGAGAGGAGAUUGUGUGAGUUAUGGUUUGGAAACUAUCAUGUUUUUGCCUCGAUAUAUAAGUUCACUAGACAGAAUCAAAGCAAAUCCGAUACAGGUUAUGGGAAACAAUACCAGAAAAAGAAGACGAGUGAAUUGAAAGAUGGAGAUGGGCAGAAAAAGAAAUCUUAUGCCAAGGCUAUUGUGGGGGAAGGGACUAGUACUCAUAAAGAUACUAGUAUGGGUCGAAAGGUCAUAAUUGGGGGUAGAGAAUUAACUGGUAUGACCGAGGUUCAGUCUACAGUGCUUGCUGAAGUAAGGGAAGCUGCUUCGAUUCCGAAUCUAAUUAACUUAUGCUCUGAGGAAGGAUUUUCUGAUAUCAAAAUCAGAUAUGUCGGUGGGUUGUGGGUAGUGGUGUCAUUUGAGUCUGCUAAAGCCUCUGUUUGGUUGGAAAUUCUUGGGUUGCCUAUGUGUACAUGGAAUCCAUGUGUUUUCAAGAAGAUUGCUUCGGUAUGGGGAUCAGUACUGUUUUCAGAUGAUUAUGAGAAUAAUUGCAUGUCAACUGGAAAAGUAUGUGUGUUUACUGGGAUUAUGGCAAGUAUUCACGAAUCGUUAUGGGUAACUAUUGAAGGUACAGAUUACCAGGAAGACAAUAAUUCCUUUGGAUCGUUUGACGAAGGAGAAGGUGAGUCUUUUGGCUUCAAUUCAGAUAAAGAAAAUAAGGAGCAUGAUCGAAACCGUGAGGAUGUUAAUGUUAAUGAAGUGAAUAGUGAACCUGAUUUUAUACAGGAAGUGGAGAAAAUUAAUGAUGCUGGUAAUGAUGAAAUAGGGAAUAAUAAUAGGCCUCACAAUGUUCCUGUGCAAUCGAUGGGUAUUGGUCAUGGUUCAGCUUCGAAAUUUGAGUUUAAUAAAAUGGAGAAUGUGCAGUCGGAGGAUCAAAGGAGUAGUGCUAGUAUCUCGAAGCCACCAGGUUUCGGGGGUAAAGUUUUCAAAGAAACUCGUGGGCCUUUUCAAUAUUCAGAGGAUAAUCUUAGGAAGUCGUGGAGUACAGGAUCAGUAAAGAUUUUGAAGAAUGUUAUCCCAUCGGUGGGGGCUAACUCGUGUGAAGAAGUGAGUAGGUUUAUUGAGCUAGGAAAAAUCCUUGGUUAUGACGUGGAGAAUGCUAAGGCGGAUUUGAAAAAUCGUCUAGUCGGUAUGGGAGUGCUUCAGUCUUUAUGA